GCUCUCCCUAUUGAAAAAGUUAACUAUCUGCUUUCCCUCGUCCGUCCGUCCUGCGACUCCUGCCCCGAAAAGCGACGGAGGAAGCCGUCCUCUUCUGCCACCUCCUCCGCUCCGCCGGCGAUCUUUGCGAAGGUUUAUAAUACGCAGCCAUGAUUUACAACAGGAAUGCUAAGUCAGCAUACAUAUUAUGGGUUGGCUGAGCAAAUUUUUUAAAGGCUCCAGCCAUAGAGUAUCAGAAGGACAAUAUCAUGGCAGAUAUGAGAAUGACGGAGUUUGGAAUGAACCAUUUCAUUCUUUGGGAACGCAGGAUGCCCUGCCAGACUAUGAAAGCAAUGAUAUAGACAGUGCAAUUGCACUUCCUUUAUCAGAAGAAGAGCAUAAAAAAGCAAAGGUGACGGGUGAAUGCCAAAUAACUGGAACUCAAGGCUUCUUGUUUCUCACCAUUAUAUACUUUGAUGCUGUAGGGUGUGUGCUGGAUGUAAUAAUGAGAUUGGUCAUGGGCGUUUUCUUAGUUGCAUGGAUGCUUAUUGGCAUCCAGAAUGUUUUUGUUGCUAUUCCUGUAAACAACCAAUAUCUGAUUACGAGUUCUCCAUGUCUGGGAAUUAUCCAUACCAUAAAUCUUGCUACAGGGAGCUUUAUCACCCGAAAUGUGAUGUAUGCAAGCAGUAUGUGGUUGACUUAAGAACGCUAGGCUGAUGGGUCGCUUGCUGCGAGCGCUUCUCAAUUUAUUUGAUGGCAAGUGGGAAACUUCCGUGGACCGGACCAAUCACCCAGGAGGUUUUGUAUUUUGAUCUAUCAAAGAUAAUUUUUCAAAAUGGUGUGAACUAAUAUCUUUCUAGUAAUCAUUAGACCAUGAAAAACUUUUAACUUUUCUUCUCCACAAAAAAUAGAAGAAAAGACUUUGACAUUAGUUUGUUUCUUUAUCCUGUUUUGAACUAGAGAAUCCUUGUAUUUGCUAGAUGUGCCAUAUUUAUUUAUCCUUGUAAUCAAGAAUGGGAUUCUAUUUUCCUACAUGAUAAUAGCACAACACAAUUUUCUUC